AAAGAUUGUACUCUAAUACUUUUAACUUCUUGUACCACGAUACAUCUCAUCGCUGACCUCCGAGCAGUGACUACAAUGAGUCGACUUUGCUUUUUACUCGUUCCAUUUGUUGGUGCAAUUAUCUCUGUUUAUGGACAAGGAGGAUUCACGCCCAUAAACACAGAUCAAUUUGCUUUAGCAGUGUCCGAUUUUGAGCUUCCUUGGGCCGAUGCCGUUGCAGCAUGUACUGCCAGAGGGCAGUCCUUGUUGUCCGUUGAUUCUGCCGGAAAGGAUCGCGUUUUAGUGGAUUUGUUUGUCAAUGGUGGUGCAAAUAUGACACUUCCAGGGAAUAAUUCUUGGAUCGGGGCGACGGAAAGUAGAGAAGGUGCAUGGAUCUGGCAGUCGUCGAAUGAACCAUUGUAUUACACGAGGUGGAUGGUUGGACAACCCGACGAUAUCUCGAGUAUUAAUUGUGCUUAUCAAGCUGUGCAGGCUCUUUUGUACUGGAGAGAUGCCAAUUGUUCUGCGCCAAUGUAUUUCAUAUGUGAAUCUUAAUUUAAUAAUGUAAAAAUGUAGUGAAAAAUAAAAUAUUUUCUUUGAUUGUUAAUAGUGAAA